AUGGCGUGCCGCUGGCAAGACCUCCUCACAGAGUUGACGGACGAGCUGCGCCGACUUUCUGCACAACUGGAGUCCUUGGAGCUCGAGAAUGAGAAGCUCAGGGAGCCGCUAGCACCAGACAAGGCCUGGACUGGGGCUCCUUACCCUCAGCGAUGUCCAGAUCUUCCCACGCGAAGGCCGUCAUCGACAAGCUCCGGGAGCGGCGGCGAGAAUCUUUUGAAAAGCAGUCUACCGUUGGAUAUCAAAACCGCCAGUCGCACCACCCUCCUUGAAGACCCUACCGCAUCAAUGGGCGAUGAGGUUGACGCACUCAAGCCAGCCAGCAGUUUGCGGAGCGAUGCAGCAGAGUCCACUUUGCCAACCUUCUCUGCUGUGACAGAGGACUUGGGAACUGGGUCCCGUGCUUCGGCGCUAAUCAAAGAGGAGCGGAUGCAGUUCAUGAUAAUGCGGGCGCAGAAGACCAAGAACUUUGUGGCCUUAAAGCCAUGGUACAUCAUCAAUCCCGACAGCAACGGCUUCGCAAACAGCUGGCAGAUGUUGACCAUAUGCGCUCUGGGCUUUGUUGCGCUGGUGACGCCUGUGCAGGUUGGAUUGCUGGAAGUGGAGUUCGGAUUUCUAACAGUGUGCAGUCUCAUCGUCGACCUGGUGUACGUGAUCGACAUGGUGCUACAAUUUUUUACGUCCUACCCAAGACGGACCAAUCGUGGAGUUGAGUGGGAAGUUCGACUACCUCGAAUCACGAUACACUACUUGAAAACUUGGUUCAUUCUGGAUUUCAUGACCUUGAUCCCCUUUGACCUCGUAGCUCUCACUUCCGGCGUCGACGAUGUCAAGGAGCUGAAUGGUGUGAAGGCGAUCCGAGUUCUAAGGCUGGUGAAACUGUUUCGGGUGCUGAAGACCUCCAAAUUCACGCACAGGUACGAGAUCCCAUACUCCAUCCCGUACCAGCAGGUAACACUGUUCAAGUUUUUGCUGAUUCUUCUUUUGGUAUGUCAUUGGCUGGCAUGCGUGUGGGCACUGACUUUGCAGCUGGUGAGCAGUGACCUGCCGCAGUGGAUUGAUGAAGUGGAAUCUGAGGACCUCCAGUUCGGCAUUCAGACACGGGAGUCCCCCCUCAGCAUGUACAUUGCUUCCUUCUAUUUCUGCUGCUACACCAUGACAUCCGUGGGCUAUGGUGAUUUUGGACCCAAGAAUAUCCUGGAGCGAGUUGUGUGCACCUUCAUGGUGAUGGUGUCAGGUUUGCUGUGGGCCUACGUUCUGGGACAGGUCUGUGCCAUUGUGGCAGACAUGAAUGCCGAGAGCCAGGGCUUCAAGCAGAAGAUGCACCAUCUCAACCAGAUGAUGCACACACAGUCCAUUCCACCGGAGCUGCAGCGCCGAGUCCGGAGCUACUUCCUGCACAACAGGAAUCAGGCGAUGUACGUCACCCAGCAGCAGCUCCUGGAGAAGAUGAGCCCCCAGUUGCAGGCGGAGGUUUGCACUGCUUUGACCAUGCCGUGGUUGGAGAAGGUGACCUUCUUCGGGCAAUUCAUGCGGCUUAUCCAAACCCUGGAGACACGUGGAGUCUACACCAUGCGGUACCGCGCUUGUAUCGCUGACAUCUCUCGGCAGCUGGUGCCUGUGGCCUUCGCACAGCAGGAAAGCUUCGACAACGUGCAGGAGCUGUUUAUCCUGUCCAAGGGCUUGGUGGCCCUGAACAGCAGGGUGGAAGGCGGCGGGGCAGUUUGGGGCGAAGACUUUGUGCUGUCGGACACCUCUCUGAUCAGGCCUGUAGCGGGCUACGCGCUGACCUACAUCGAGGUGUUGAUGCUGACGCGGGAGCGUUUUAUGGACGUCAUCGAGCGGCGGAAACUCACAUGCCCUCAGCUCGGGAUGAUCGUCCGCCGCUACUGCGUGCGCGUGGCCGUCCCUUGGGCUCAUACUCAUACACUCUUUACACGUCAGGUCAGUCAAUUUAGGUCUUGGCUGCAAGGUUGGCAGUGGGCAAUUGCAUGUUGA